AUGGCAACUUCAACCUACGUUGACCUAGAUGAGAAAGGUAAAUCAGUGAAUGAGUCAAGAUAUAGAGGUAUGGUUGGUUCACUUCUUUACUUAACUGCAAGUAGAUCAGAUAUCCUGCUUAGUGUUUGCUUGUGUGCAAGGUAUCAGGAUAAUCCUAAGAAAUCUCACUUAACAGGUGUCAAAAGGAUUACUAAGUACCCAAAGGGCACAACCAAUGUUGGCUUUUGGUAUCCCAAAGGUACCUCCUUAAAUCUAACAGGCUUUUCAGAUUCUGAUUUUGCAAAAUGCAAACUAGAUAGGAAAAGCACAAGUGGGACAUGCCACUUGUUGGGAAGCUCUCUUGUAUCUUGGAAUUGA